AUGGAGUCGACUUCAGGCCCAGUGACAAUGAAGGUUUUGACAACUAACAGUGAUUGGGUCGAUGAAAUUGUUGAACUUGUUUUGAGUAUCCCAAGCCCUCAUGACGAGUUCUUCGAAGUAAAAAAGUCUCAAAUAAUUUCUCGGAACGACGUAUAUGAGCUGGAAGAUGAAACAUUCGAGCUUUCAUUUGAAGUUCGUUGUAAUUCUUGGAAGCAGUCACUUCUAAAAUUUUGCCACAUUUUUCAAAAACUGUGCUUUGAAAGGCUUGAAAGUGAUGACUCAUCACCAGUUUUAGUGAUUCAUGAAAAUACUUUGUGUAGCGAAGGUUGCUGCCCGGCACAGCUUGAACUGCCUUUGACUUCUCUUAGUUUUGGAAAUUUUGUCAAAUGCACUUCGUUCCUUUCACACUUCACCAGAAAACCUAGUUCCGACGAUGCUACGGUAGUACAACAGUGUGGGGCGGGGACGUCUGGGAUGUUUGUUAAUUUUGAGCAUGACCGUGAAUUAUUUUUAGUUGUCUUUGGAGCAUAUAGCGAGAAAUCUAGUGUGAGUGAUUCAGUUCGAGAAAGUAAUGAUAACGGAUGGCAGCCAAAUGGAUGUUUAUACGUAGUUAAAGUGAGAUACGAAUCGAUUCGGCGUAUCAUUCUUGACUUACUUCCUGGAUAUGACUGUGUCAAUAUGUUUAUGCUUCUUAAUUACCCACCGGAUCUUAGGCGAAUUUCCAACAAAAUUCAUGGUGGAGACUUUUACUCUCGCGAUCGACGACGGUCAAUUCCCGAAAGGUCAGGUCCAAACAGGUAUGAUAGUUGCGCAGCAGUUAACGAAAGCCCAGUGCUUUGCUUGACUUUCCAGUUGACAGUUGAUUACUCUGUCGAUGAUUAUCGAAUAUGGUUUAGGUACUGUCCGAUGCCUGUUAAACUUAUUGCGGGAGAGUACAGAAGCUCCCCGAGGGGUCCUAAUGUUGACAAAUUCUGGCCAGAAAAACUGCGGCAGACAGAGUUUGGAUUAGAAUAUUUGAUUGCUGCACUUUUGUCACGCGGUGCUGUAGUUAAAGACCAAAUCUUGAAGACAAAGCAAGCGAAAGACGAGUUCCUCUCUUGCGUAUUAGAUCAUUAUUAUAGGAAGCCAGAGGUAAGUCUGUCACUUACUGGUUUAUAUUUGGCGGUGCAAAUUAGGUGUUUUCGGCGUUUACAGUUGGCUUUGGGAGGUCUGGAACAUCUCCUUAAUUUUGUUGAUGAAACGAAACAAGUCAAUUCUUUAAUCAUGACAUAUAAAAAAAUAAUGGAAAAAUUAUGGAAAGAUCAUGAAACGUUCCGUCAGGUGCUCCAAAAAGAUAGCGAUGACAACUAUAAAAGGGUUAGGAAGAUAGUUGUCACACCAACGCGUACUCUCCUUGUUGUUCCUGAAUUACUAAUGGGGAAUAGAGUGUUGCGCGAAUAUGAUUCAUCAGGUGAUGGGGCUCUACGAGUUCAGUUUCGCGAUGAUGACGGAAGCAAAUUAAGGAUGAACCGUCACUUCGUCUACCUGGCAUCUUCGAAUUCACAGAUGAGGGACAACGGCUGUUAUUUCUUCGAUGAUGGGGAAGGCGGAGAAGCGCAGAAAAUUAGGGAUAAUUUGGGACGUUUUGACAUUAGGAAUAUUCCAAAACUGAUGUCACGAAUGGGACAGUGUUUUACUCAGGCCGAGCGGAGCAGUGAGGUGUUACUGCGCAAAAAGUACAAUAAAGCUCACGAUUUUGUUGGAGGCAAAGAUGCAAACGGAGAAUCUUAUACUUUCUCAGACGGUGUUGGAAAACUCUCCCUUAAUUUCGCAUCUAGGAUAGCAGGAAAAAUGGGUUUGGGAUCUUUUGUGCCUAGCUGUUUUCAGAUCAGAUACCGUGGAAUCAAGGGAGUUUUAUCGGUUGAUCCAGCGAUAGACGAACGUCGUCAUUGGGCUGAAAGGCACUGUGUGGAGGAUAAAGGAAAGGAAUACAAUAAGACUCUCGAUUUAGAUGUCUUAUUUCGUCCUUCUCAGGAUAAGUUUGAUAGUCCUCGUCAGAAAAAUAUCGAUAUUGUGAAAUAUUCUUCUCCAGUUCCUGUUGCGCUAAAUCGACCACUUAUCAAUAUCAUGGAUCAGGUUAGUGAGAUGCAAGGACAUGCGUUACAUGCAAGGGUUUGUGGACGUGUUCACUCUUUUUUGGAUCGUCAGUUGAUGGAGAUGGCUGAAAUGUUUAUGAAUGAGGACAGUUGCCGGAAACGUUUGAAUGAACUGCCAAAAAGAAUUUCUGUCGAAUAUCUUAAGGUGGUUAGAGGGUUCGCUCUAACUCAAGAACCCUUUUUCAGAAGCCUUCUUUAUGCCAGUGCUAAAUUCACUUUAAAGAAGCAACUUGCAAAAGAGCAGAUUCAAGUGCCUAUUAAGCUUGGACGUACUAUGUUUGGAGUAGUCGAUGAGUCCGGUUUACUGCAAUAUGGUCAGGUUUUUAUCCAGUACACCUGCAAUAUAGAAUUGAAAAAACCUGGCAAAAAUGCAGCAAAAGAAAUUCUAAAAGGAAAAGUGUUGAUUACGAAAAAUCCCUCUGUUGUGGCUGGCGAUGUAAGGGUUUUUAAUGCUAUUGAUAUUCCUGAGCUAAACCACUUAGUUGACGUUGUAGUUUUUCCUCAGUCAGGUCCUCGACCGCAUCCAGAUGAGAUGGCAGGUUCUGACCUUGAUGGAGAUGAGUACAGUAUUAUUUGGGAUCCAGAAUUAUUCUUUGACCAUAAUGAAGAGCCAUUAGAUUUUACAAAGGAUAGCCGAAAGCCGCAAGAUAUUGAGAAAGAUCAAGUGGUAGAUUCGUUUGAUUGUCUUCUGUGUUGA